AUGAAAAUGACGAUCGCGACGUUGAUCGGGCUCGGACUGCUCGUGUUGGCCGAUACACUGGAGACCGCAGGCCCGCCCGUGUUCCAGAAGCCACCGCCAGCUGGUCGUACGGGAAUGUGGUUGGCGACUAUCCUCUUCAUCAUCCUCAUCAGCGUCCUCUCCAUUGGAGCCUGCGCGGCCUACAUCCUGCACGAGCUGAACCUCAUCAAGUUGUGGCACAAGGGCGGCGAGCAGGGCGAUGAUGAUGCCCCGAAAACGAGCGUCAAGCAGCGCACGGCGACUACCGUCCGCAAAUUGAAGGGCACCACCUCGCGCCUCUCCCGCCAGACGGUCAAAUCCCUGAAAAAGCGC